CAGGCCCCCAAAAUGUUGAGUUGUUUUACAAAUAUUUAUUGCAGGGUUUGCUUCCUCUUUAGUUACGCCAAUGCAAGAUAGGGGGCUGCUAGGGACAACUUUGAAGGUCUGGACCAUUACUGUUAUAGCAAUGCUGAAGCUCUGGGCUGGUACUAUACUUCAGUAUAAAAAAUACAGCAGUUAUAGCUAUAUUCAUUUUUAGGAUUUAGUUCUACUUAAACCUAAACAGUGACAUCAAAAUUGGCUGCAGAGAUAAAGGGUGGCAUUUGCUGGGGUAUCCAUUGGGACACAGCCCAUACAUUAUUUACUCUCCUGGGGUGACGUUUGUUGGGAUAAUUUUGUUACAUUAGAUUGCCUCUAGGGGGCUUGUAAUGAUCAGUCCCAGAACCACAAGCCUGGAAGACUAGAGAGCUUUUUCAAUUUCAGAAGUGUAGUAGCAGGCAAAUAACUAGAUGCAUAGUGGCCUGGUGCAGUUGCACCUCCUUCUUCCCUAACGCACUGAAGCUGAAUUGUGAAGGGUUUUCCCCUUUUGGAGCUUUCUUUCUCAUCUUAACACAAUAAAGGUCAACCUGUCAUGUUUUUUACCACAUCAUGUUCCUUGUAAGACCAGUUUCAGAGGGUGAAAAGAAAGAGAAAAUGUGUUUUUCAUUCAAUCUCGGUAGACUCAGCCAUGGAGUUAGCUGCUGUGAGAGAAGAGCUAACCUGCUCCAUCUGCCAGGAGGCUUAUAAAGAUCCCGUAACGCUGGUGUGUGCUCACAACUUCUGCCUGCACUGUAUCAGCCGCACCUGGGACAGCCAGUGGGAGAGAGAGGCAGAAUGCAGCUGCCCUGAGUGCCGACAAACAUUCUACAGGAGGCCAGAGCUGAAAAAAAACUUGACACUGUGUAAAAUAGUGAAGGCGGUCAUGGGCAAUCAACCAGAGCCGAAGGACACUGGUAUGUUCUGCACCUACUGCCUCCAUGCUUCCGUAACAGCCUCCAAAACAUGCCUACUGUGUGAAGCCUACUUGUGCCCUAACCACCUUAGGGUGCAUUGCAAGUCAGGUGAGCAUGUCUUAUCUGAGCUCAGUUCUUCUUCCUGCGUGGUCCAUAAGAAGUUGCUGAACUACUAUUGCUUUGAUGACAAGAUUUGCAUCUGUGAGUCCUGCUGCUGUGAGAGGCAACACAAGGACCACUAUCAGAAGCAUGUAAGAGUGGCCUCUAAAAACCGCAAGAAUGAGCUCCAAAAAUUCCUGGAGAAGCUGAUCUUUAAGAACAAGGCAAUAGAGAAGAAGCUCCAAAGACUGCUGGAUCAACGCUAUAAGGAAGAACCAGGUAGAGGGAUAUGGAACAGGAAACCCCCCUUUCCAGCCUUUGAGCAUAUUUACUCUCUCAAGACCAAGAGGGGCCAAUUGAUUAGUAAGAUCCACCAUAUUAAGUUGUUGUGCAACACGGAGAACCCCUUAACAGUUUUACAGGGAUGGGAGCCAGAUAACGUGGAUUAUUGUGAAGUUGAAAGUGACCAGGAAAAUGACCUGGCGUUGAAGGACUUGCUGGUCACCGCAGUGAUUGGUUUGCACAGAAGAAGAAUAUUCUUAACUGAAGACAGCAAUGACACAAUCUUGGAUAUAAACACGGCCGGCAAUUACAUGACUCUGUCCGAUGACCUAAGGGCUGCCUCCUGGUCAAAGACCAACAAAUACCGCCCGGAAACACCUGCAAGAUUUUGGUGUGCUCAGGUCUUGAGUAGCAGGAGUUUCUCCUCUGGGCGCCAUUACUGGAAGAUUGAGACCAGCAAUCCAGGGAACUGGAUGGUGGGAAUGGCCUACACCAGUAUCAAGAGGAAAGGGGAUGAGUCCAGAAUGGGGUACAAUGACAAGUCCUGGGUGCUGACCAGAGGGGAUAAGGGGUAUUCCAUAAUACACAAUGCUAGGGAAGUCAUACUGCCUCAUACAUUCUCCAAUGAAGAAAUAGGGAUAUACCUAGAGUUUGAGGGUGGGCGCCUCUCUUUUUUUGAACUGAGUGACCCAAUCAGACACUUGUACACCUUUACUGCUACCUUCACCGAGCCGCUCCAUAUAAUUCUCUCGGUCCAUAGCGGCUGGGUACGACUUUAGGGGUUUCCAGGAAUCUGUUGUUGGAAUGAACUUUUAGUAUGUUGAUAAUAUGUUCCAGUUUCUACCACAAGAGGGUUACUACAGCUCACUAACUGGGUGAAGAACAGAAGUAAAGGUGCAAUUCAAACAAAUAUAGAGGGAAUAUGCCUUUAACUGUUUGUUUGUGUGCUGUUUUGUUGAGUCGGCAGUUGGACUUGACAGGAAACUGCAGUCUUGUUUUCCCUGUGUGAAGGUCACGGAUAUGAUUGGCUACCCACCUCCUACUGUACUUCUGGAAGAGGACAAUUAGGACACACCUGCUGCUCCAAUAAUGAUGCCAUUUUCAAAGGUAACAUAGUAGAGGACGUUGAAAAAAGACUUACACCCAUCAAGGUCAACAUUGUGUCUAAGUGAAUCUGCAGUUUUAGCCCAAAGGGAACAUAACCCUUAUACAGGGUGCCUACAUUAUUUAUUGUGUAAUAUGUAAUGAGGCCAAUGUUUCCUUUACAAAAUAUAAUAUAUUCAGUUGAAGCACAGGGAGCCCUUUCACACAUUCUGUAGCUAAA